AUGGACUCUCCCAACUCAACUGAUUUUGCUUUCACAUCUUCAACCACAGUUCAUAACAAGAACAGUAACAUCACUAGAUGCCAUUCUACAAAAGAAACACCUUUCUCAAAACUCUCAUGUCCUACUUUCUCUCGCAGCCUUCAAAACUCUCCCAUUUCAUCUCCUCCUCAUCACUAUUUUCCCACUAAACUCUCCGAUUCCGAGUCACCACAAACAACCUACCAUUGCGCUUCUUCUGUCCUAAGAAACGACGGACAAAUCACGUCCAUAGGUUUAUCAUCGAGUGGCUUACUUUACACAGGUUCUGAUUCCAAUGUUGUAAGGGUAUGGAAGCUACCUGAAUUCACUGAAUGCGGACAGUUGAAGACUAAAGCUUCAAAAGUUGUCGCGAUCGAGGUUUCCAAUGACACUGUUUAUGCAGCUUAUGGCGAUGGCAAGAUUCGAGUAUGGACAAUAAUUUGGGAUAAUAGUACUAAUGUUUUGAAACAUGUUCGGUCUGCUACCAUUCCUAAGACACUCGGCUAUGUUCGUAGCUACAUUGCAGGGAAAGACAAGACACAUAUGAAGCACAAGAGACUAAUAACAUCGAUGGCAGUAAACUCGGCCGAGGACAUUCUAUACACUGCAUCACUCGACAAAACAGUAAAAGUAUGGCGAAUCUCAGACCUGAAAUGCAUAGAGACAAUCAAAGCACACGCUGAACCGAUCAACGCGAUAAUAGUAUCCGACGACGGAGUUCUCUACACUGCCUCGGACGACGCCACAGUUCGAGUCUGGCGUAGAAACUUUUGCAGCCACGAUCAACCUCAUUCUCUGACAGUAACACUUCACGCAAAAUACUCACCUGUGAAAGCCUUAACACUAACCAACGACGGAGGAGUAUUAUACGGCGGAUGCACCGACGGUUACAUACAUUAUUGGCUAAAGGGUUGGUUUGCAGGACAGUUGCAAUAUAGCGGAUCGAUUCAAGGACACACGCAUGCUGUUUUGUGUUUAGCUAGUGUUGGAAAAUAUGUAGUUAGUGGCUCGGCGGAUUCGACUAGCAGGGUUUGGAGUAGAGAAGAAGAUGGACAACAUGUUUGUUUAGCUGUUUUGGUUGGUCAUAGAGGACCUGUUAGGUGUGUGACAGCUUUUUUAGGAGGAUGUUUUGUUGAUGAUGAUGAUAAUGAAGAUUGUUGCAUUGUUUGUACUGGAAGCCUUGAUGGUGUCUUGAAGCUUUGGCGUGUCACUCAUACUAAGAAUUUUAGUUUGUUUGUUCCAACCUUGGAACAAGUUUUUUCAUAA